UUAUGCAACUAAAUAUUAUUUUCUUUUUUGUUUUAAUUUUACAAUUAUUGAGGCUAACAACGACUAAUUUACUUAUUCCUGGAAUUAUGACCGAAAAAGUUGAUUUAAUGCCAAAAUCGCAAGAAUAUUUGGGCUUUCUUCAAUCUUCUCUAAACAAAACAGAAGUUGAAGUCCGUUUAAAAUGCUUAGAAAAUGUGGACAUUGAAUUUGAGGCUGAAGUUGUUAUAAGAAGUUCUCCGUGUGCAAAAGAAUUUAUUGUGGAUAAAAUGCGCUUUUCACAAGUUAGCAAUCUACUGCAAUUUUACUUUGAAAAUGACAACAAAAUUCCUCCGGGAUAUGAUUAUGACAAAAUUCUUUAUUAUCGAUCAAAGCCUCAAAGAUUUUCUUGUUUAAAUUCUGUUGGGGAUCAUUUUCUUGAACAAAUACCAAAAUUUGGGAUGAAAGUUUAUAAUGUUACUCCUUUUAACCAGUUACCAAGUCUAGAGCCUAGAAGCAGGAGGGCAAAUGACCAAUUUCCUGGAAUUAAUGGACAAUCUAUUGACGGAGGUGCAAAAGAUUCUUUGACUUCUUGGCAUCCAAUCCAAACAUUGCCUGUUGACGCUAUUUAUUUACUCAUUUUGAGAAUUACAAUAACUAAAUUCUCUGCUGAUGACACCAAAAAUCACACAAUCGAAGCCGAAGUUCAAUGGCGUGGUCCUUAUGGAUAUUUGUCUGCAAUUGACUAUCCUCUUUUACAUUUUUAUGGGUUUAUGUGUAUUUUUUAUACUUUGAUGGCUUUGGCUUGGUUAAUUGUUUGUCUUAAACAUUGGAAAGACCUCUUACGUGUUCAAUUUUGGAUAGGUGCAGUUAUAAUGAUUGGAAUGAUUGAAAAGGCUGUUUUUUAUGCUGAAUAUUCAAAUAUGAAUCAAACGGGAAAGUCUGUUGAAGGAUUAUUGGAGCUUGCCGAAUUGACUUCUUGUUUAAAACGAACAAUGGCUCAUGUUUUAGUAAUUAUUGUCUCUGUUGGUUUUGGAGUAGUUAAGCCUAGACUUGGAUCGACUUUAAAUCAAGUAAUUGCUGUUGGAAUGUUAUAUUUUAUUUUUUGUGCUAUUGAAGGACUUACAAGGGUUUCGAAGCAAACAACAGAAGCUGUGAAAGAAAAACAGAUUGCUAAAAUGCCUUUAGCCCUCUUGGAAAUUUGUAUUGCUUGGUGGGUCUUCUCUUCCUUAAUUUCGACGAUGAGAGCACUUCGAUUAAGGCGGAAUGAGGUAAAACUAUCUUUAUAUUUACAUUUUACCAAUGUUUUGGGCAUGGGACUUUUUAUUUCUGUUCUCUACAUGUUUUGGUCUUUGUGGAUGCAUUUGUUUCAAUACUGCAUGAAAGAUUGGAAGGAAUUAUGGGUAGAUACAGCCUUUUGGCACAUCUUUUUCUGUACAAUUCUUGUUGUCAUAAUGUUUCUCUGGCGUCCUUCACAAAAUAAUCAACGUUAUGCUUUUACUCCUUUAUUGGAUAAUAGUGAAGAUGAAAAUGAGGAAGAUAUUGAAGAAGAUGAAUUAUUUACAAAAAGUGGAGGGCAACGCCCAGCUGUAUAUGAAGUUGUAUCUAAAAGAGAUAAAAAACAAGAAAAUGGACAGAGUAAUGGAAAUGUUGCUGGAAAGGAUGGAGAAAACAAGAAUAGCAAAUUAGAGGAUGACCUUCAAUGGAUUGAAAACAACAUUCCAACAACCUUAGCUGAAGCCUUAGUUGAUGAAGAAGAAGAUAAAGCACAACGAGAAUUGGAAAUUUCAAAAAUGCUUUGA